UGGACGCCGCGCUUUUGGUUUGGCUCUGCGCGCUUCGCGUUGGUAGUCGUUGCCGCGUCCGCAGUCGCAGCUGCUUGCGCCCCCGCUCCGGUCAGUGGUGUAACCGGACCAGCACCAUGUCGCUCUCUCGGUCGGAGGAGAUGCAUAGGCUCACGGAAAAUGUCUACAAGACCAUCAUGGAGCAGUUCAACCCCAGCCUGCGGAACUUCAUCGCCAUGGGCAAGAACUACGAGAAGGCGCUGGCAGGUGUGACGUAUGCUGCCAAAGGCUAUUUCGAUGCCCUGGUGAAGAUGGGCGAGCUGGCUAGCGAGAGCCAGGGCUCCAAAGAACUCGGGGACGUUCUCUUCCAGAUGGCCGAAGUCCACAGGCAGAUUCAAAAUCAAUUGGAAGAAAUGCUGAAGUCUUUUCACAACGAGCUGCUAACGCAGCUGGAGCAGAAGGUGGAGCUGGACUCCAGGUACCUGAGCGCUGCGCUGAAGAAAUACCAGACGGAGCAAAGGAGCAAAGGUGAUGCACUGGACAAGUGCCAGGCCGAGCUGAAGAAACUCCGCAAGAAGAGCCAAGGGAGCAAAAACCCCCAGAAGUACUCGGACAAGGAGCUGCAGUACAUCGACGCCAUCGGCAACAAGCAGGGGGAGCUGGAGAGCUACGUGUCCGACGGCUACAAGACUGCUCUCACUGAGGAGAGGAGGAGGUUCUGCUUCCUGGUGGAGAAGCAGUGUGCCGUGGCCAAGAACUCCGCCGCCUACCACUCCAAGGGCAAGGAGCUGCUGGCACAGAAGCUGCCGCUGUGGCAGCAGGCCUGUGCCGACCCCAACAAGAUCCCAGACCGCGCCGUGCAGCUGAUGCAGCAGAUGGCCAGCAGCAAUGGGUCUAUACUCCCCAGCGGCCUGUCGGCCUCCAAGUCCAACCUGGUCAUCUCAGACCCCAUUCCGGGGGCCAAGCCCCUGCCGGUGCCCCCUGAGCUGGCCCCGUUUGUGGGGCGGUUGUCUGCCCAGGAGAACACGCCGGUCAUGAAUGGCGUCUCAGGCCCCGACAACGAGGACUACAACCCCUGGGCUGACCGCAAGGCCGCCCAGCCCAAGUCCACAUCUCCUCCGCAGUCUCAGAGCAAGCUGAGCGACUCCUACUCCAACACGCUUCCUGUGCGCAAGAGCGUGGCCCCCAAGAACAGCUACGCCACCACCGAGAACAAGACCCUGCCCCGCUCGAGCUCCAUGGCAGCUGGUCUGGAGCGCAAUGGCCGCAUGCGGGUGAAGGCCAUUUUCUCCCACGCGGCUGGGGACAACAGCACCCUACUGAGCUUCAAGGAGGGCGACUUCAUCACCCUGCUGGUGCCUGAGGCCCGUGACGGUUGGCACUAUGGCGAGAGCGAGAAGACCAAGAUGCGGGGCUGGUUUCCCUUCUCCUAUACCCGGGUCCUGGACGGCGACGGCGGUGACAGAUUGCACAUGAGCCUGCAGCAGGGGAAGAGCAGCAGCACGGGCAACCUCCUGGACAAGGAAGACCUGGCGCUCCCGCCCCCCGACUACGGCACAUCGUCCCGGGCCUUCCCUGCCCAGACGGCCGGCCCUUUCAAGCAGAGGCCCUACAGCGUGGCCAUGCCUGCCUUCUCCCAGGGUUUGGAUGAUUACGGAGCACGGGCCGUGAGCAGCGGCAGUGGCACGCUGGUGUCCACGGUGUGAGGACGCUGACCCCGGGCAGCUGCUGCUCAGAAGAGCUUCCGCCGUCUCCCCACCCCCCCCCACCCCGGUCUGUCUGGUCUCCAUCGGUUUCCUCCUCGGCUCUCGUUGGUUUCUUCCUGGGUUGUUUCUCUUUCCCACUUGCCCCCUCACCCCCGCCUUUUGGUUCGUGACCCCAGACUCUGUGAUCCCCCAGGGUCCAUGGUGCUGCCCCAUCUCCGCUCCCUGUGUUUACACGCCCCCACCCGUGUGUUGGGACCUGCCGCUGGGCAGCGCGGGCGGGGUGUCCUCGCCGCUACUCCCCAUCCGCCGUAUUCAUGACACGCUGUCCCUCUUUGAAGGCUCACCGUGAGCCAGGUCUAAAAAGUUUGAAGAAAAAGAAAAAUCUUUAAAAAACAAAAAAACAAAAAGAUAAAAAACAGGAAAAGGACUUUUAUUUCCUGAAAAACAAAAACAGAUAUGCAUGGACUCCGGUGUACGUACUGUUAUCUCUGCAUCUGACCCCCCAGCACACGCUGGCACCUGUGUCAGGAGAGGGAGGGUGCUGGGGGCUCCACAAGGCUUGUGGCCCCGGGGGCAUCCUUCCAGGCCGCAUCCAGAGAAGGGCUCGGGCUGAGCCGGGGGGCCUCCUGAGGAAGCUGGCCGCUCCUGUGAGGGAGGCCGCAGCCCCCAGCCCUGCCUGCCCGCCAGGCCGGGCUCCUGACCGCUUCCUUGUCCCGGACGCCAUUGGACGAUGUACAGACCAGAGCACGGCGCCAGCCUCGGGGCGCCGUGACCGCACAGUGCACUGGCGGGGAGGGGGACCGGCCGCACUCGGACAUUCCAAAGACUUCCAGAGACCACCCCCAACCCCACGUGUUCUGGAAAUCAUUUCUUUAACCAGCCUGUGAAGGAGUGAGGGCGGCUCUGGGCGCUACACCCCUGCACCUGCCGUCGGGGAGCAGGCAGUCCCUGCCCAGUCCUCCCUAAACGCUCUCGUCUCUCUGUGUGUCUUGGUGACUUCAGAAACAGACAUGCUGGACUGAGUGGCUGGCUACUGGUAUUGCCUCUUCACGCCUUGAAUCUGGGAAGUGAGCGAGGGCGCAGCCGCUCCGUCCUUCCCGCCACGGGAGCCCCCGUGAAGCUGUGGACGCUCCUUUUUUUGAUGUGAUUUAGCAAAACCCUCCCACCCCCUCCCGUGGACUAGAACAUGGCUGGUAGCAUUUGUGAGAGAAGCAGCUCAAGACGCAGACAGACCCUGUUUUAUAAUUAAGGAAAAAACAAAGCCAGAACAUGGACCUUUGUAAAAAGAGCCUUCUAUGUUGGUGUUCUAAUUUUGCUAAAAGAUCUCAAAUCCAGGGGAUUCCAUGCUCAAUGGAUGAAUGUAGACACAAAACCGCAAAACUUGUAUGAAGAUGUAAAGUGCUGAAAAUAUUUUUCCUGUUUCCUUUCGUCUUUUUUUUUUUUUUAAUCUGAAUUGUGCCCUGUACUGCAGUCGUUUGAAUAAAAGUUUUAUUUAUUGCA